AUUGACCCGCGUUGUUGGUUGGUUCCUAUUAAAUUCUAUUUGGCUAUGAUUUGACUUAUUACUUGUUUUGAAUUUUCCCGUUUGCCACUGGGAUAUUGAAGAAUAGCUAUUGUUAUUAUAUCUGCCUCCCAAUACGGUGUAGCUUAUUGUUGAUCCCGUUGGCAGUUUUCGACCGGGAUCCUCGCAUGAAGAAACAGAAGCUGCCCCGCGUCCAUACAGCCUAACCAUAUCAAAUGACGUACGAUCUGGUUGAUCGUGAGUCGGAGUCCUUGCCUGGGAGAGGGCCCAACAUCUGCACGCGAACUACCGAGGGAGAUGGACACCACCUGGCUCCAGGCGAUGACGAUGCCUAUGCGCACGAAGAAGAGGAACGGAACUCCCCCAAUUGGGGACAGAGCCUAUCGCCUAUGAAUUGUUUGGGUAAUAUUUGUCGCUGGAGGGGAAAGGGUCAAGGCAACGGAGCUCAAGGUGCCACAAGGGUGCCACACGAGUCCAACCAUGACAGGAAGCAGAGGACUCGAUCAAUGGACAAUUCGGGGAAGCUGGGGACCUUUUCAGGUGUCUUUGUACCCACGACAUUGAAUGUGCUGAGUAUCCUUAUGUUCCUUCGUUUUGGUUUCAUUCUUGGACAAGGUGGCUUUCUCGGAACUAUGGGACUGCUUAUGGUUUCCUAUACGAUCAAUCUCGUGACUACAAUGUCUCUUUCUGCGAUUGCAACAAACGGAACAGUUCGAGGGGGCGGCGCAUAUUACUUGAUUUCUCGAUCGCUGGGCCCAGAAUUUGGCGGUUCUAUUGGUAUAGUCUUCUAUCUGGGCUACGCUUUCAACACCGGAAUGAAUGCUGUCGGUCUCGUUGAUUGUUUCACACAGAGCUUCGGGUCAGAGACUGGUACUUGGUCCAAUUUUCUUCAGGAGGGGUUCUGGUGGGAAUAUCUUUGGGGAACUAUCAUCUUGAUUCUCUGCACUGGAAUUUGCCUGGCUGGAAGCUCAAUCUUUUCGCGAGCAAGCAACGGUCUUCUCGUCAUCCUGCUGGUGGCGACUUUCAGUAUUCCUGUGUCCGCACUUGUUGUGAAGCCUUUCGGCAUCCCACAGCAUGGGGUGGGAUUUACAGGUCUUCGGCUUCAGACAUUUUUGGAAAAUUUGAAACCCAGGCUGACCAAGGGUGCCGCUGGUAGCCAACUUCGCAAGAAGGAGAACUUUCAAGAUCUCUUUGGAAUCUUGUUUCCUGCUACCGGAGGGAUUUUUGCUGGCGCCAGUAUGUCUGGUGACUUGAAAAAUCCCAGCAAAUCGAUCCCAAAGGGCACACUCUCUGGGCUAGCCUUGACGUUUGUCACUUAUACCCUUGUCGUCCUUUCAAUGGCGGCUUCCAUCACAAGGGAAUCAUUCUAUAACAACACCAAUGUCAUUGAAGUGGUUAAUAUUUCCGGGGUAGUUGUCCUCCUUGGAGAGUUUGCAACGUCGUUCUUCUCCGCUUUAAUGGGUGUGAUUGGCUCUGCAAAGCUUCUUCAAGCAAUUGCUCGAGAUGAUCUUCUCCCAGGUAUAAACAUCUUCAGCAAAGGCACCAAGAAGCAUGAUGAGCCGGUUUAUGCUAUUAUUGUGACGUUUAUUCUCGCUCAGCUCACAAUGCUUUUCGAUAUCAAUCGGAUUGCAUCGUUCGUUACUAUGACUUAUCUCAUGACAUUUUUGGUGACAAAUCUAGCAUGCUUUUUCUUGAAAAUUGGUUCUGCGCCAAAUUUUCGGCCGUCCUUCCACUACUUCAAUUGGAAGACUGCCGCAGCAGGUGCUUUGGUUAGCGGUGCCAGCAUGUUCUUUGUGGAUGGAAUUUAUGCCACAGGCUGUGUUGGCAUCCUUGUCUUUCUGUUCUUGUUGAUCCAUUACAGCUCGCCCCCUAAACCAUGGGGCGAUGUCAGUCAGAGUUUGAUCUAUCACCAAGUACGCAAGUACUUGCUUCGACUUCGGCAGGAACAUGUCAAAUUUUGGCGUCCACAGAUUUUGCUUUUUGUGAACAACCUUGAUGAUCAAUUCAAGAUGGUCUCCUUCUGUAAUUCACUGAAAAAAGGAGCCUUGUUUGUACUGGGGCAUGUCCUCGUGACGGACGAUUUUUCGGCUGCUGUCCCAGAAGCCCGCCGCCAACACAGCGCGUGGACGAAGUUUGUUGAGUAUUCCAAAGUCAAGGCAUUUGUCAAUAUUACCAUUUCACCCUCUGUGGAAUGGGGUGUCCGGAAUAUUGUCUUGAAUUCUGGUCUAGGAGGAAUGAGACCGAAUAUCGUUAUCAUUGACCAGUACCGCAGGGACCAGUCAUUGGCUGAAACUUGGAGAAAGAGCUCCAGUGGCAAAUCAUCUCACUCGCAUGAAAGAAAUGAUGAGAAUUCAGACCGUGUCAGUCAAGGGCCGCAGAUGAACUGUAAAAGCUAUGUGACGGUUCUUGAGGAUCUUCUUUUUAAACUGCGUAUCAAUGUCGCGGUGGCUAAGGGAUUCGAAGACCUCGAGCUGCCCAAAUCGGAUGGACGAAAUGAGAAGAAAUAUAUUGAUCUCUGGCCCAUUCAAAUGUCUGCAGAACUCGGGGCAGAUAGCGAAAUCAAGCAAAAUGUGUUGACAACCAACUUUGACACAUACACUUUGAUCCUCCAGCUAGGAUGCAUCCUCAAUACAGUACCGUCAUGGAAGAAGACAUAUAAGCUGCGGGUAUCUGUCUUUGUCGAGUACGAGACGGAUGUCGAGGAUGAACGAAUAAGGGUUGAAGCUCUUCUCGAGAAGCUGAGAAUCGAAGCUGAGGUCAUGGUAUUCUGGCUUGCAUGUGGUGAUUUGAUGGCAUAUCGGAUCAUUGUCAAUGGCGAUGCCUCUCCCGCGACUGAGGAUUCCCAGAGUCAUGUUCAUGCAACUCUGAAGGAUGAGGAAUGGUGGCAGGACAUUCAAAAUGCCCGCAAGCGCGAAAUAUCGCGAGACCAAGGCAGGGCCGUCAGACAGAACGAGCCUGUGUCCAGCUGGCAGGGCCCGUCUAGUUUCGAAAGUGGACGCAGGCCGCAGAACCACAUGGUUGGUGACUUGAAAAGACUCUUCCAGUCUUCCAGGCGCAAGCGGUCCAUUUCGAGUUUCCGGGCAAUGCGGGGCAUCAACCUGGGCAUGCAGACUCACCGUCUCCUUGAUGCCUUUGUUGACUACGAUGCCAUAGACACCACCAGUGAGAGUAGUAGUGACGAUAGCGAGUUUGAGCCAUAUGAAAGCGACGACGAUAACGAGAGCGAUGAUAGCAAAACCAUUAGCGCGAAAAGCAACACAGGCGCUGAAAUGGGUGACGAAUCUGAGGGCCUACAGCCUCCGCAAAGGUCGAAUCGAGCAAGUGAAGACAGCCUGAGUCCGAAGACUGUGGAGCGAAACCCAACCGCUGGAGCUGCUGAAUCUUCAAACUCCCGAUCUCGAGAGAUCCCAACCAUACUCACAACCGGGGAGACGAACCCACCCAAAAACCAGGCCCCUGCUGGACGGCCAUCUGCGAGUCGCCGGCCAUCCAGCAACCGUUUCAGUUCUGCACCAAUUCCUGAAGCUCGAGUAAACACGGACGAAGGGGUGGGUCCGUCCAUCAUGUUUGCUGCCACCUCAUCACCCACACGUGGUUCCAACCCUCCCGAGUCGAUCUAUGCGCACCAUUCGUCUUCAGCGACUGCAAAGUCGAAGAAAGCGGCCACUGGAUAUCCCAGCCAAGCCUCGAUACCACUGUCGUUCAAUGACCUUCCUAGUCGCGCACAGCAUUUGAUCCUCAACGAACUGAUGGCCCGGCAAAGCAGCGAAACAGCCGUGAUCUUUACGACGCUGCCAUCGCCUUUCGAAGGCACGUCGCAAAGUGAGGAGGCGAGUGAGAAUUAUCUGAGUAACCUCGACGUACUGUGGCAAAAUCUGCCGCCCUGUUUGCUGGUCCACAGCAAUAGUAUGACUGUAACGAUGAACCUCUAGCGUUGAAGCGGAUCUUUUUAUGCCGCAUUUGAUGUUUUUGAGAUGAAGAUAGACGAUUAUUGUUGGGCAUAUAAGCGUAUAUAGACAAUACACCUUGACCUUUCCAAUGAAGUGUUCUUGAUAACGCAU